AUGGGGGUGACACUGAGACGUGUGGGUGACACGGGCGUGCCCCUUGCACACGCGUGUGCGCAGGCGUCCCCGCCCUCGCUGUGGUUUCGCUGUGGCCGCGGGGAGCAGGAAGCGCCUCGAGCGCGGCCUCCGCCUUCCUGCCACCCCCGCGGGGACAGCGCCGGGACCCCCCUGGCGUGGCCCCCGCGCCCCCGGCCGUGUCCCCCGCGCUGUCCCCGGCGCUGUCCCCGUGUCCCCAUGUCCCUGGCGCUCAAGGCCCGGCAGCGGGCGAGGCGCAAGGGCGGCUCCCGGGAGCGCCUCUUCGGCUGCGACCUCCAGGAGCAUCUCCAGCGCUCGGGGCAGGACGUGCCGCAGGUGCUCCGGAGCUGCACGGAGUUCGUGGAGCAGCACGGGGUGGUCGAUGGCAUCUACCGCCUGUCCGGGGUGUCCUCCAACACACAGCGGCUGCGGACGGAGUUUGAGGCCCAGCGCAGCCCGGACCUGUCGCGGGACAUUUACCUGCAGGACGUUCACUGCGUCAGCUCCCUGUGCAAGGCCUACUGCCGUGAGCUGCCCAACCCCCUGCUCACCUACCAGCUCUACGACAAGUUCGCCGACGCCGUGGCCAUCCAGAUGGAGGAGGCGCGGCUGGUGAAGAUCAAGGAGGUGCUCAAGGAGCUGCCGGCGCCUCACUACAGGACGCUGGAGUUCCUGAUGCGGCACCUGCUGCGCAUGGCGGCGCACAGCGGGCGCACCAACAUGCACGCCAGGAACCUGGCCAUCGUCUGGGCGCCCAACCUGCUGCGCUCGAGGGACAUCGAGGCCUCGGGGUUCAACGGCACGGCGGCGUUCAUGGAGGUGCGCGUGCAGUCCAUCGUGGUGGAGUUCAUCCUCACUCACGUGGAGCAGCUCUUCGGGGACGCGCCGCUGCCAGGCAGGGACACCGCGGGGACACCUGCCCGUCGCUCGCUGCUCCUGCCCGGGGCUGUGCCCGCCCUGCACGUCCCGGCUGCGCUGAGCCAGGGCGACGGCCCCCCCCAGAUGCGGCCCUACCACACCAUCAUCGAGCUCAGCGAGCACAGGAGCAAGGGCUCCCUCAAGGCCAAGAAGUGGAGAUCCAUCUUCAACCUGGGCCGCUCCGGGCACGAGGCCAAGCGGAAAUCGGGGAAGGCUGAGGAGAAAGAGAAGUGUGGGAAGGUCACUCUGCGGCCGGCCAAGAGCAUGGACUCGCUCAGCUCCGGCCCCUCCGGACCGUCCGGUAAGGGGGGCCUCUGUUCCUGGGAUUGUCCCUCUGUCCCCUGUGAUUGUCCCUCUGUCCCUGGGAUCCCCCGCUCCCCCGCUCCCCCGGUCCCCCCGCUCCCCCGGUCCCCCCGGUACCCCCGGUCCCCCCGGUGCCCGGAGGCGGCGCGGCUGCUGCCGAAGCUGUCGGUGAAGCUGCGGCCGCAGCGGCAGCACAGCACGGACGCGACCCCCGCGGCCCCGGAGCCGCCUCCGGAGCUGGACGAGAGCCUGGAGGAGCCGCUGGAAGCGGCGGCCGAGAGCAGCAGCAGCACCAAGUCGGAGCCCACCACCCCCAAAGCCCCCCGGGCCGGGCCGGGGGUCGGCGGCCGCUCCCGCGCCGAGAAAUGCGCGGGGCUGCACAUCUCGGGCCCCUUCGCGGUCACCGUGCCGCCGCACAUCACCUCCAACCUGUCCCGCCUCACCCGCGGGCUCCCGUGCCCCGCGCUGGAACGGGAGCAGAGCCCCGGCAGCGCCCCCGAGCCCGCCCGGGACCCCCGGCCCCGCUCCGAAGAGGCGGAGCAGAGCCGGCUCUCCCUGGAGCUCCGCGACUCCUUCGCCUUCCUGGACGGCCCCGAGACGUGGCUGGAGGGCGGCGGCGACACGGAGGCGGCGCCGCGGAGCCCCGGGAUAGAGGACGGGACCAUCGGGAUUGAAGAAUGGAUCCUCGGGAUCGAAGACGGGACCCCUGGGAUCGAGGACGGGACCCCCGGGAUUGAGGACGGGUUCCCGGCCGUGGAGGAGGGGAUGGAGAGCGGGUUCAUGAACCCAGGUGAGCGCUGGGCGGAGCAGCCCGACAGUUACCUGUCCAUCGAGGAGUGCACGGAGCAGGACAUGUUCUUCCUGGCCCCCGGCGCCUCCGAGCCCGACUCCGACCCCGACGAAAUCUUCCUGAGCGCCCACGACGAGCUCAGCCCCCUGGGGACCCCCGAGGGACCCCUGAGUCAGGGGACAGCCCUGGAGAAACAAAAGAUCCUGGAGAUCCCAGCGAUCCCCGAAGUCCUGGAGAUCCCAGAGAUCCCAGAGAUGUCAGAGACCCCAGAAAUCACAAAAAUCCUGGAGAACCGAGAGAUCCCAGAGAUCCCAAAAGUCCUGGAGAUCCCAGAGAUCCCAGAGAUGUCAGAGACCCCAGAAAUCACAAAAAUCCUGGAGAACCAAGAGAUCCUGGAGACCCCAGAAAUCCAAAAGCCCUGGAGAUCCAGGAGAUCCCAGGGAUCCCAGACACCCAAAAAGUCCUGGAGAUCCCAGAGAUCCCACAGGACCAAGAGAUCCCAGAGACCCCAAAAAUCCCAAAAGUCCUGGAGAUCCCAGAGAUUCAAAAGACCCCCAAAAUCUCAGAAUUUCUGGAGACCCUGGAGAUCCAGGAGAUUCCAGGGAUCCCAGAGAUCCCAAAAGUCCUGGAGAUCCCAGAGAACCCCAAAAUCCCAGGGAUCUUGGCCCAAACGCCCCCAGAACAGGAUGGUCCAGGAGUGGGGGACCCACCCCAGCACCCCCAUGGGGAGGGGGCUGCAGGGGGAGACCCCAGCCCCAGGAUGGGGGUGUGGGGUGAGGGAGGGGGGCUCGGGGGUCCCGCUGGGAAUGGGGAGGCGGAUGGAGCUGGAUCCCAGCCCCUCAUCCCAGGGGAGGGGGAUCCCCGGGAUUUUGGGGGGUCUCCUCCAGCCCAGCCCCCCCAAGAGCCCCCCGAGCCCCCAACCCUGGGGGCUGUUCCUGGGGGGGUCCCAGAUGGGGCCGGUGUCACCCUCGGGACCACCCUGACCUCCUCCUCUCCCCCUGACCUGGCCCCCAAAAACCUGGAGCUGACCCAGGAGGAGCCCCCCAAAAUCCUGGGGACCCCCAGGCCCUUGGAGCUGAUCCAGGAUGGGUCCCUGAGAGCCCCAAAAUUGAUCCAGGAUGAGCCCCCCAAACCCCUGGAGCUGAUCCAGGAUGAGCCCCCCAGGUUCUCAGAGCGCCCCAGACCCCUGGAGCCCAUCUGGGGUGAGCCCCCCAAAUCCUGGGACACCCCCAAAUCCCUGGAGCCGAUGCGGGGUGAGCCCCCCAGAGCCCUGAAUGUGACCCAGGGGGGUGCCCCCCAAUCCUGGGACCCCCAUGGACCCCCAAAUCUGAUCUGGGACGGGUGCCCCAAAUCUCUGGAGCAGAUCGUGGCCGAGCCCCCCAAAUCCUGGGACACCCCGAAACCCCUGGAGCCGAUCCUGACCCAGCCCCCCAAAUCCUGGGACACCCCCAGACCCCUGGAGCCGAUCCUGACCGAGCCCCCCAAAUCCUGGGACACCCCCAGACCCCUGGAGCCGAUCCUGACCCAGCCCCCCAAAUCCUGGGACACCCCGGUACCCCCAAAUCCGAUCCAGGACAGGCGCCCCAAAUCUCUGGGGCCGCUCCUGGCUGAGCCCCCCAAAUCCCAGGACCCCCCGGGACCCCCAGAUCCGAGCCGGGACGGGCGCCCCAAAUCUCUGGGGCCGCUCCCGGACCCCCUGCGCAGCUCCCGCCGCCCCCUCCCCAUUUUGGGGGCGCGGGUGAUGCUGGCCCGGGCCGUGCCCGUGGUGCCCCCCAAACCCCACUUUGCCCAGGCCCUCCUGGGACCCUCCCAAAUCCCCCUGGGAACCCCAAAAUUUCCCCCGGGGACCCCCCCAAAUAGCCCUGAGACCCCCCCAAAUCCCCCCGGGACCCCCUGGCAGCCCUGGGGGGGGGCGAGCGCUGAGCGUGGGCAGGGCCCCCCCAGAGCAGAGUGCAAAUAAAUGAUGAUGAAAUGAGAAUUAAAUGAUAAUUAAAUGAGAAUAAUAAAAAUACCAAGGUGGGAAUUCCGGCGUCAGA